ACAAAAAUGGCUUAGCUACCGGAAUCUGCCGGUGGAAGACAAAGGAUUGUGAGAGAUAUAAAGCAGAGAAAUCAGCACCUCCCUUCUCGCAAUCCAGAGAGAGAAAGAGACACAACAAAAUAAUGGACUUCGAGGAAGACUUCACCAUCCCCCCACCACCGAGUUACGCUGACUCAGUUCCCAACCCUUCGCGUGUCAAAAUGCCCACUAACCCACCGCCACCACCAGCCAUGCCGCGAAACAGCGGAAAGGGGAGGUACAUGGAGUGUCUCAAGAACCACGCGCUCGCCCUCGGAGGCCACGCGCUCGACGGCUGCGGUGAGUUCAUGCCCGCUGGAGCUGACGGCACCCUCGACGCACUAAACUGCGCUGCCUGCAACUGCCACCGCAACUUCCACCGCAAGGAAACCGUCGCCGGAGAUGCUUUCUUGCUACCUCACCACCACUACAACCCUUUCCAUAACCACCGCCACCACCAAGCGUUUCCGCAAUUCGCGGCGUGUUACCGCGCUCAGGGAGCUGGAUACCUCCACGUGUCAGGACAUCAAAGAGGAGGCAGUACCCCGACUCUGGCUCUUCCGUCGAUCUCCGGCGGCGGCGGUGGUACCACACAGAGUACGAGGGACGAUCACGAGGAUGGUUCGGAACCUAGUGGCGGCGGCGGCGGUGUAGGUUCGGCGUCGAAGAAGAGGUUCAGAACGAAGUUCAGUCCGGAGCAGAAGGAAAAGAUGACGGUGUUUGCGGAGAGCGUAGGGUGGAAGCUUCAGAAGCUUGACGAGGUGGCGGUUCAGGAGUUCUGCGAUGAGGUUGGAGUGAAGCGUCACGUUCUCAAGGUUUGGAUGCAUAACCACAAGAACACCCUCGCUAUCAAGAAGCCCUAGCUACCUUCCUCAUCAUCUCUAAUUAGGGUUUAUUCAAUUCUCUUAAUAUUUAUUAAACUGGGGUUUCCAUUCGUUCGUUAAUUAGUAUUAGUUAGUUAUUUUAAUUUUAAUUUUAUUUGGUGGAUCGGUGUUUUUUAAGUUAAGAGUAGUACUUAAUUUGUAUGGACGAUGAUGAAUGAGCAUUAUUUCAUCAUCAGUUUGUUUGUGUGUCUUGAAUAAUACAAUGGUGGCCUGGGAACCUAAA